ACGAAUAGAUACUUAAUUAUAUUUACUCUUCUAUGGUCAUAUAGAAUGAUAUUACAUUCUAUUUUAAUGAAAUAUACUAAAUGCUACAAAAGUGCAUUGAAUAAUUGAGUCAAUAUAUUUAGUUUUAAUGUGAUUUUCUACAUUAUAAAUAAAUCCUUUUGAUUCAUUUCUUGUUUGCAGAAGGAGUAAAAACAUAAGAGCCUUUUUAGAGAAUCAAUAUGGCUUCCUUCAACCACUUUGUGUUACUGAUUCUGUUAACAAUCACUCUUAUUUUAUCCGCUGAAGCAACUAAGGAACGCCGAGCAAUACCAUCAAAGGCAGAGAAGAAAGAAAUGGAGAGACAACUCAAAGCUAUCAACAAACCUGCAAUCAAGAGUUUCAAGACUAAACAUGGUGAUAUAUUCGAUUGUAUCGAAAUUCACAAACAACUAGCGUUUGAUCAUCAUCUACUCAAAAACCACUCUGUUCAGCUAAAGCCAACAACUGUACCUGAAUGGAUCACUGGAAACAAUGGUUCGGGGAGUUUUGAUCUUCUGCAAGAAGGUAUAAGCUGUCCAGAUGGAACAGUAAUUGUAAAAAGGACUACAAUGCAAGAUCUUAUGCAUGCACAACGUUUGAAAUCCAUGGGAUUCGACGGCCCGAGACCUUUUCUCAAAGAGAGCAAUAACACUAAUUUAAAUGGAAAAUUCUACUUUGCAACAGCUGACUAUGGACCGGAUCGUUUUGGUGGAGUAAAAGGAAACAUUAACGUAUGGAAACCAAAUAUCUUGCAAGAUCAAGUUAGUAUCGCAUACAUAGCAGUUAGUGGAGGGCGUAUUGAAGAAAAUUUGGCCAGCAUUUCAGUUGGAUGGGUGGUGAAUCCAUCGAUGUACUCUGGUGAUCAUGUUCGUUUAUACGCCUACUGGACUACACAUGGAAACAUGACCGGCUGCUACGCCAUGUCAUGUCCUGGAUUUGUGCAAGUUAGCAAGACUAUACCAGUUAGUGCCAUUCUUCAACCAAGUUCCAUCUAUAAUGGUCCACAAUAUGAAUUGCGUUUGAGCUUGUAUCAGGAUCGUGUCAAGGGAGAUUGGUGGUUUGCAUUUAAAGAUGAAAACGUUGGAUACUGGCCAGCAUCAUUGUUCAAGUCCUGGAGGGAAUCUAACAGCGCAAAUCAUGCAUUUUGGGGAGGUCAAGUGUAUAGCCCUGUGACAGAGAAGACUCCACCUAUGGGAAGUGGUCAUUGGCCUAGUGAGGGCUUCCAUAAAGCUGCUUUUAUUAGCGGCCUCCAAAUCAUGGAUGGUUAUGGAACAGUUUUUAAUCCAGAAUCGGGUACAGUGAAGGUACAUGAGAGCAGACGAAACUGUUACAAAGCCAGAUAUGUUCAUGAGGUUGCUAAGCCUUGGAAAAAGUCUGUUUUUUAUGGAGGUCCUGGAGGAUGCAUAGGGUAAUUGAUCUAUGAAAUAAAGAGUAGCAAUAUCUCAAGACUUUUAGAUAGGCUAUAGGAAAAAAAUCCAACAGAUUUUAAAAUAUAUGUAAGCGUUACUUGAGCUCUAAUGAAUAAUCAAGUAUUAGAAAUUCACAACUUUCAGCACAAAAUUUUAUAUGUUUAUUGAGCAUACUAUAUAG